AUUGCACUUUCCUCAUCUUCCACAGCAACACCUCAAGUCCGACGGCGACGAUGUCCGCACCGCGGCUGCCUCCACCAGAGGACUACGUGACGCCGUUCACGGACCACGUCUACGCAGUCAAGCACGGCGUCGAGCUGCGCCUGCGCGUGUGGCCGUCGGCAUCUCCAGACCCGGCACCAUGGGUGCUCUGGUCGCACGGCGGCGCGUGGCUCUUCGGGCUUCACGAGGAUCCCACGGCGUGGGUCGUGCCGGGGUUCCACGCGCGGGGAUACCACGUCGUAUCCUUCACAUAUCGCUACGCGCCGAUCGCAAACAUCGAGGACAUACUCACAGACGGGCGGGACGCGCACGCGUGGUGCGUCGCGCACCUGCCCAACCUGCUCCGCGUCGACAUUGAGCGGUACGUGCUUGCUGGCGACUCGGCGGGCGGGCACCUCGCCACGACGCUCGCGCAGCUCGUAUCGCCGCCACCGCGCGCCGUGCUGAGCGACCACGGGCUGGUGGACCUCGCCGACGCGCACUACGACACGCUGCGCUUUUCCGGCAGCUACACCGGCGAGUUUGGGCCUGAGGAGAUCGAAGCCGCCAUCCAGGACAGAGACUACACGCGCGCCUUUGCGUCCGUGCCGGAGGAGACGCGCGCCAAGUGGCCUCUCGGGGAGGUGCGGCGCGCGUUCCAUGCCCCCCGGGUGCAGUACGGCCGGAGGGAGCAGCUCCAGGCGGACGUGAAGACGGCGCUCGCGGAACGCGGGGCCUGGGUCGCUGCCGUGCUGCACCCCGAGCGCUUCAGUAGCUCGGAGCAGCUGAAAGCCUACGCGCGCAAGUGGAGCCCGCUGCACAUGCUCGACGCUGCCCCGUCGUACCCGCCCACCUUCUUCAUCCACGGCGAGGCGGACAACAUUGUGCCGACGGCCCAGAGCCGCGCGUUCGCGGCCAAGCUGCGCGCCAGAGGUGUUGCCGUGGGCGGGCACUACGAACCCGGGGAGGGACACUGCUACGACGAGAAGUUUACCAGCCCGAAUGUGGAGGGCUACACGCGCUGCGUGGUGGCAUGUCUCGACUUUAUCGGCGCGCACGUCGCGCGGACAUAG